ACUGUACUUGAAGUCUCGAAAUAUCAAGAGAGUAUAUAAGCAGAGAGGAAACAGAGAGUACGGUAAAGACAGAGAGACAUAUUCAUUAGAGCAUACACCAAAAUAUUAAUUUCAUUUCAACAAUGGAAAAACUGAUGAUUAUUAUGCUUUUCUUCUCUGCACAGGACUUUGUGUGCUGGGGGCAAGACAGAGUUGAACAACCUUCUGGAGAAAUGGCUGCAAAUAAAGGAGAUCCAGUCACUCUACACUGCAAUUAUUCUACCAGUGCUACAAAUGUAUAUAUUUACUGGUACAAACAGCUACCAAACAGAUCACCAACAUUCAUGCUGAGUGUAUUUAGUUUUGGUACAGGAACUACGGUGGAUGAAUUUAAGGACAGAUUUUUUCCAACACUAAACUCAAAAUCAAAGACAGUUCAACUGAUGAUCAAGAACCUACAUGUGUCUGACUCUGCUGUGUACUACUGUGCUCUGCAGCCCACAGUGACUGAAACAUGUAACUUUAGCAAAGAGAGACUGAAGCAACAAGGGGUCAGAACUGCUCUUCUACAUGUGUUCAUUCAAUUUUAUUUAAUUUACCGCAGCAUGCUUAUUCUGAUGAUGACACACUGGAAAAAGUAUUUAGUGUUGUUUAUCUCAUAUUUCUUGGAGUGUAAAUCUGAGGAUGCUGUCCACCAGAAUAUUAGAGUAGAAACAGCAGAUGAAGGUGCAGCUGUAAUAAUCAAUUGUUUAUAUACAACCACUGAUCCAAGACCAACUCUCUUCUGGUAUCAGCAAAAAGUAAAUGGAUUCCCAAAGUACAUGCUGUCUACUUAUGGAAAUAACGAGGAAGAGUUUAAGAAAAGAUUUAAUGCAAGUCUGAACACACAAACCAAAUCAGUUCCUCUGACAAUCAAGAAUCUGCGUGUGUCUGACUCUGCUGUGUACUACUGUGCUCUGAAGCCCACAGUGACUGAAACAUACUCAACACUCAUACAAAAACUGUGUGUGAGUAACUGAGCAUUCACAAGUUUGGAAAUAUUACAAUGUUUAGCGUUUCAUUUUGUCUUCUUAUUGUCACAUAUUUUAACUGGUGUUAUUUUUAAUUUAAUUAAACUUAAAAUGUCUUUCUUUUUCUCUUGACAAACCAUAAAUCUGUGUAUACAGAUGCAGGGUGUCUUUAUCAUGACAUUUGUUAUAAAGAAUUUUUAUUACAAAGCUGGCAAACAAGACAGAGAAAUACAUUUUGGAUUUAUAAGGAUGAUUAAUUUAAACUGAUUUAAGUUCAAUUCAAUUCAAAAAGGUUUGUUACUAAUAUCCUAAUCUUUUAAUCUCAAAUCACUGCAAUCUCCAAAACAACACACCUCCCCUGGAAGCAUGUCUCCAAGGUAGUACUCCUGUGUUUACAGAAAUCUAAUAACAUUAAGUG